AUGAGUAUAGGAGCACCGUUCUCAAGUCCCUUAAAUUCCCUCAAGAGCGUAAACCCACAGCUCUCGAGUCAUGUAGACGCCGUAAGGAGUGUAGAUGCCACAGUUCCGAGCUCCCGUAGACUCCCUGAGGAUUGUGGGGCCACAGAUAUCAAGUCCCAGAGACAUGGCGAGGAUUUUGUGACCAUAGCUCUCGAGUUGCGUAAAUUCACUGAGAAGUUCGGGACCACAGAUCUCGAGUGGCGUAAAUUCGUUGAGGUGUUCGGGACCAGAGAUCUUGAGUCGCGUAAAUUCGUUGAGGUGUUCGGGACCAUAGCUUUCGAGAUGCGUAGACUCGCUGAGGAGUUCGGCACCACAUCUUUCGAGUCGCGACGACUCACUGAAGAGUUCGGGACCACAGCUCUCGAGUCGCGUAGACUCGCUGAGAAGUUCGGGACCACAGGUCUCGAGUCGCGUAGCCUCGCUGAGGAGUUCGGGGCCAUAGCUUUCAAGAUGCGUAGACUCGCUGAGGAGUUCGGCACCACAUCUUUCGAGUCGCGAUGA